AAAUGAUAAUACUACUGCUAGUACCACAAAAAUGUGUUGGCCAGCAUGUUUUGGAGGGGAAGAAUAGUAAAUAGAGAGAUGAACCUGGACAUCGUAAUGAGACCGCACCCGUGCGCAUCAUAUUCUUCCGAGAUGGUGAAUGGGUGCCGUUGUGUGAGGGAUGGACCUGGAAAUUGUAACAAGACUGCACCCAUGCACAUCAUAUUCUUCUGAGAUGGUGAAUGAGUGCCGUUGUGCAAAGAAAUGGAGGGAUGAACCAGGAAAUCAUAACAAGACAGACUCAAACUGUAUGAGAGCCUUGAGAGCUGUGCCGAAUAAAAAUUUUCAAACUUCCAACCUUCACGAUCCUGCCAUCUCACUCCAGCAAAAGCCUUCGCCUCAGUGUCCCCAUCUCCUCGGUCAUGUCUACAACAGAUAUCCCUCAUUGUACCCGUCCAUCAAACGCAACUGCCUGGCCUGGUCAGAUCGUGCUUAAUGCACAAGUCAAGAGAUGUACCAAGGCACAAAAGAAUGUGGAUGAAGCAAAAGAAUUGAAGGAGGCACAGGACGACGUGGGUGGUGCAUCAUCUUUGGCUUCUGCAUUGUCCACGCUGUCCUCGGCUGCAGUGCCACCGCAUUCUUCUUCUUCUGCGACACCGGACGAUGAAGGCAAGACUGUUUGCAAUGCAUGCGGCCUCUACUAUAAGCUUCACGGCUCUGCUCAUCCCAUUAGUAUGAAAUCCGAUAUUAUCCGGAAGCGCUCUCAACAUGACGCUCGUGCGCAGCGCUCCUCCCUCACUGAGCCCCCAAGCGCAUCUAACACGCCUGGCACUCCUUCCGUUAUGGAGGAGACAGUUUCAGAAUGUCCUAUGCUGUUGUCUCACCUUUUAUUUUCUUAAUUUUCUGCUUAUCGUGUAGUAUGCCCUGUUUUAUGAAAGACUUGUGCCGCUU